CUGUAUCAUCUACCUCUUCAUCGUUGAGUUAUUACGGUUGAAGAAGGCCGGAUCUCCACUGGCCUCGGAAAAGUCCGUACAUCCGCCGUCGGAGUUGAGCGACGUUUGCCGAAAAAUCAAGUCUCCCCUCCAACCUCCCUCCUGCCCAUAUACACGGCGCCCUCAUCCUUGCGUCAACUAUCCCCACCAUGAGCAAGACGACGCACUUCAAGAACGGGCGCAUCUUCACGAGCACGUCCGACGGGACGCUGCACGACUCGCUCGUGAUCCGGGGAGACAAGAUUGUGUUCGUCGGUUCGGCAUCCGACGCGGCCGCGCACGCCCAGGGCGCUGAGGUGGUCGACCUGCGCGGCAAAGUUGUGCUGCCAGGCAUCAUCGACGCGCACUCGCACCUCAUGCUCCUCGGCGGGAGCCUGACCAAGGUCGACUGCCUCGGGAAAUCCAUCCCCGAAAUCCAAGCGGCAAUAAAGGCGCGGUACGACGCGGAGCCCGACGCGCAGAUGGUGCUGGGCUGCCAGUUCCAGUACGACGCGAUCGGGGCGCCGCCGCACAAGCGCUGGCUGGACGAAGUAUGCCCCGACAAACCAUGCAUCAUCGACAACUCGUCGCUGCACUCUGCGUGGCUGAACUCUGCCGCGAUGGCCGCCAUCGGCGUGACGCGCGACACGCCGGACCCUUUGGGGGGCGAGUUCGUGCGCGACGCCGCAGGCGAGCUGACGGGCUACUGGCGCGAAACCGCCGUUGUCGAAUACUCGUGGCCGUGGGUCGCGGCGCAAACGACGGCGGCGCAGCGCCACGCCCUCCUCGCCUCCGUCUUCGACGCGUACCUCGCCACGGGCGUGACGGGCGCCGUCGACAUGGCGACGACGCCGGAAGACCUCGCGGCGCUGGAAGCGUAUGCGGCGGCGCACGGCCGGCUGCCGCUGCGCGUCGCGUGCCACUGGCUCGUGCGCCCCGGCGCGGCGCCCGCAGACGAGGUGCGCGUCGCAGCGGCGCACCGCGCGCGCCUCGCCCCGCUCGCCCCGUGGCUCAGCGUAGCAGGCAUAAAGAUCAUCAGCGACGGCGUCGUGGACGCGUGCACGGCGUUCCUGCGCGAGCCGUAUCCGAACGGCGCGGCGCCGGGGCCUAUCUGGCCCGCGGACGAGCUGACGCGCGUCGUGCAGCUGGCCGACGCGCUCGGCCUCCAAGUCGCGUGCCAUGCCAUCGGCGAUGCCGCCGUCGACCAAGCGCUCGACGCGUUCGAGGCGGCGGCUGCCGCCAACGGGCCGCGCGAGCGCCGGCACCGCAUCGAACACCUCGAAGUCGUGGGCGCCGACGCCAUCCCGCGCCUCGCCCGCCUCGGCGUCGUCGCGUCCCUCCAGCCUGUGCAUGCCGAUCCCGUCAAGGUCGUCAACUGGGACGCGCAGCUCGGAUACGGGUGUCGCUGCGACCGCAAGUUUCCGUGGAAGGAGUUCGAGGAUGCGCGCGCCGACGUCGCGUUCGGCUCGGACGCACCGACAGCACCAUACCAUCCCCUCCCGAAUAUGUAUACCGCGACGACGCGGUUGAGCGCCAUCAACCCUUCGCUGCCUGAUCCCGUCGACGAGCGCACGAAGAACCUUGCUCGUCUCUGCGUUUCACUCGAGACCGCGGUGCGGUAUUACACUGCCGGGGGCGCGUACUCGAUGCGUGCGGACAAGGAGGUCGGCACCCUCGAGCCGGGCAAGUCGGCUGACUUUGCUGUUCUUGACAUCGACCCCUUUGACGGCCGGUUAGAUAGCCUGCGCAAGGCGCAGCAGGGCGUCGCGCAGACGUGGGUCGCGGGAGAGCGCGUGUGGGCCAAGGAAACAUAGUACACACAAAUUACAAUGCUAUGUAAUCAUUUCCCCAUCAUGCCACGGCCGAGCAGCGACUUCAUUAGCCGAGGCUAUCGCUG